AUGUAUCCUCAUUCAAAGUCAGCUCGCUCAGGUGAUGAGCUUUAUAUGACCAACACUAUCUCCGAAGACUUGAGCAAAGACACCUCACAAGAGCAACCGCUCCCUGCUUCGUUCCAAGGGAGAGCCCCUCCUUCUGAUGAUGCUUCUUACAUUCCAAAUCCCAGAACGAAACAGGAAGAACACAAUAACCUGGACUACUCAUUCCAACUGAUGCUGCAUGAACGGGAGAACGUCGCUCGACGAAACAAGAUGGCUGCCUCCAAGGGCAGCCCAUAUGAUAGGCCGGUUGAGCCUCAUAUCCAUGCCCCUUCUUUCGGGCCAACUGCAGUCGACAAUCAAAGCAUGCCAGGCCCUUUCCCGCCGGGUCCUGUUCCUUAUCAGUAUGCCCAGUACCCGGCAUAUCCCGCCAGGCUCCCAUACGAUUCUGAAAGACACCAAGUUCCGAGUCCUCAGUCUGUGAACUACUACAAUAUAGAUCCACAGUAUGCAAACAGCGUUCACUCAGACACAUAUACCCCUCCCAGCCAAGGAAGUGUCUCUUUAUCAGAGGCCAAUGACCUCAAGGCCCAAAUUACAGCUCUCCGAGAUAAGGUCCGGGAGCUUGAAGGAAAACCUGCCCUGCCGAUAGCCUCAAAGUAUCAGAUCCUCUACAGGAUUGAGAAAGAUAACACGUCUCCGAGUGAUGAUCAAAGCACGGACGAUAGUGACGAAUAUUUCAGCCCAAGUCACAAGCAACGCAAGGCUAGACCUAGGCCAAGGUCUUACCCCAGGUCUCCAUGGAUGGGGAUCUAUACUGACCCACCUGAACUCAUCCAGCGAAACAUGGGUGCGCCAUAUUUGCGCUGCAAUGAUCGACUGGUCAACUUCGAGCUGUACCUCGCUCUCAACAGAGACAUAUCCUUUGUAGUCUUUCGCAACUACAAAAGAAGAGCUGAGAGGCAAUCAUCGGACACAAAUUAUGGCAAGCCAAAACCAUUCAGCGAGUCGAUUUUUCCGGUUUCUGAAGAUCUCAAAGACGUGAUCGCAGAUUUUCUUAGGGGCAAAGAAUUUCAAUCCAUGCAAAGCAGCUUCCGACACAUGGGAGAGGUCCAGUCGCCGUACCUCUUCGUCUACCACAACAGGGGCGCUGUAGAAUCGGAAAUCAAACGAGGCCUGAGCUCCGAGGCACAAAGACAAUUUGACCUCUUCAUGGACUAUGUCCAAAAGGCUUGCGGCAAUGAAUACACUGCAGCAGACCUGCUUUUCGAGAAAGGCAGAAUUCGCUCGGAGUACGUUCAAUAUCUAUUCAAGCCUAACCAUAUCUUAAUUUCAACCCAAAACAAGGAGCAUAUAGGUUAUGUAGCCAGGGGAUGGCCAUCUCAAAGCCUAGAUACUGAUGGCACUGGCAAUGCUUUUUGGUGGAUCAAUGCCCAGACCUGGGAAUUCGAUGGCGAAUUCUAUAAAUACGAGACUAGGCUCAAUUUUGAGAUGCCAAAGUCACAGCGUGCCGUGGAGAGCCCGUCGUCGCUGGAAGUGGAUUAUUUGCCACACGAUUCUACCCUUCGUCUACCCAACGAUGACCUAGACAAAGAGUGUGCUAUCACAGACCUUGCGGUAUAUCCAAUCAAGUAUGCCCAUGAUUAUCUCAUCCAGAAGCUUCGGCGCCGUGGUGAGAUUUUCUGGACAUUCCGCACACAGAAGUAUGUGUCCUAUCUAGCAACCGAGGAAGAGAACUUCCAGACCAUGACCGACGACCGAUACAUCAUAGACAUGAAGACAUACAAAAGACUACAUCCAGUCCCGAUCGGGUACUUGCGUGACGGCCCACGUAAAUGCACACUCGAUGACCGAUUCAUGUUCAGAGAUCAACCCCCGCCAGAGCCUUUCAGUAUGUUGAUGCCUCCGAGGGUGACGGGGUUCAAUCUCCGGCGUAAGAAAUGGUUCGAUCUCUCGGUCGACCGCAUCUCGCAUGUUGAGUGGAAUAAAGACGCCUUCGAGAGUCUAGCCAUUGACUUCAAAUCCAGAGAUCUCAUUGAAGCACUAGUGACCAGCUACGUCGAGCCUGAAUACUCAGCAGAUCUGAUCGCCGGCAAAGGCAAUGGGCUUAUCUUGCUUCUGCAUGGUGGACCCGGAACAGGCAAAACACUGACUGCAGAGAGUGUGGCUGAGAUAGCCGAGAGGCCUCUGUACCGAGUCACAUGUGGCGACGUCGGCACUAAGCCAGAGGAGGUGGAGAAAUACCUCGAAUCCGUGCUACACCUGGGCAAGAUCUGGGACUGCGUAGUCUUGCUCGAUGAAGCAGAUGUUUUCCUCGAGCAGCGCGGUCUGGAAGAUCUGAACCGGAACGCGCUCGUAUCGGCAUUCCUACGCGUGGUGGAGUAUUUUGAAGGUAUUCUGAUAUUGACCACCAACCGGGUAGGCACAUUCGACGAAGCGUUCAAAUCGCGCAUACAGUUGGCACUGCACUAUCCCCCUCUCGGCGAAGAGCAGCGACGAAUCAUCUGGAAGACUUUUAUCCAGCGACUGGAUAAGUUUGAUGAAGAUGCUAUUGACGUUGAGAAUCUUAUGGGAAGCUUGGAUGUGCUUCAAAGGGAGAAUUUGAAUGGUCGGCAGAUUCGGAAUGCCAUAACCACUGCUCGUCAAUACGCGAAGUGGAAAAAAGAGAUUCUCACGCACAAUCAUCUCAAGGAUGUUAUUGAGGUGUCUGCAAAGUUUGAUGACUACUUGGAGAACAUACACCGUGGUAGUCUCAUGCAGUCUUGA